GUUGGCUAUGACGAUAUUGGUGGCUGUCGAAAGCAAAUGGCCCAGAUCCGUGAACUCGUCGAGUUGCCAUUACGCCACCUGCAACUCUUCCAUUCCAUCGGUAUCAAACCUCCUUGUGGUAUUCUGAUGUUCAGUCCCCCCAGUACUAGAAAGACAUUGAUGGCUCGUGCGGUAGCCAACGAGACUGGCACAUUCUUCUUCUUGAUCAACGGCCUGGAGAUCAUGAGCAAGAUGGCUGGUGAGAGUGGAAGGCCAUUUUCGCCCUCCUGGGGUUGA